AUGGAAGUUGAUGAAGUUGAAAGCAACGAAAAAAAUGGGAACGUUAAACUGCAAGGUUUUGUUUCGCUUGAUGCGGCAGCUCGCGAGAAACCGAUUAGCUUGAAAUCACUAUUUGAGAGUAAUCCGAAAUUGGAUGACAAAAACGAAAGGCGAAAAAGGGUUAAUCGGAAAAAGAAGGAAUCGGCUAAACGAAGGAAAUUGGUAAAAGAAACUCGCGAAAAUGAUGAGAAGCUGGAAAAGGAUGAGAUUGAAAAAACCUCGUAUAGAUUCUCAGCGAAUAGGGAAAUAAUGGGAAGGGUUGUUGCUGGUGAUCAAAGUUUCAUCGGUGGUCACGGGAUUGCUAUCGGAUAUAUUUGCGCGGAAGCAAUCAAUAGAAUUGCAGGAAAUUAUUUGAAAUCGAAAAGUAUGGUUUUGGUGCGAAAUUCUACCUCAAAAUACUAUCAUCCAGCGAUUGUUCGUGUCCUUCACGAUCAUGUCGAUUUAUAA